AUGACAUCAAUCACUUCCCUCAGUGCGGGACGCCGACGCGUAUUUGGCUCCGUCUUCUCCCCCGCGUCACUUGAAGCUCGGCCACCAGUCGCAUCCAGCUUUGACGACCAGACUCCGAUAGCCUCCUUCCAAUCCACAUCAACAGUUCAAAACGCGUCCUUCGGGUCGGUUCACCAGCCGUCAAAUAAUGCGCCAGACCGGCACACGUGGGACCAAGCCUGGUCUGCCGCAAAAGCCUUCCUGCGUGUACCGGAUCGAGGGUUUGCGCCUAUCUACAAUUUCAGAGAGACCGAUGGAAGCGAACUACUAAAGGAAUGGAAUCGGCUCAGUCCUCCAUCUAAGGAGACUGGGGAGGCAUUGGAAUUUUUGACUGCUGCGGCGCAACAUGGACAAUCGACUCAUCAGAAUUUGUGUGAUUGGUACUGCGAUGAGAUAAAGAGGCAUUUCCUCGAAAAUCUGCGGACCGGGCUCUUUGAACUUCUAGUCAGUCCUGAGAAGGAAGGUCUCUUAAGGACCAUUGCGGACUGUUUGCAGUUGGCCCGUCGAAUCUACUUUGCACCAAUUGUACACUAUCUGAUGCCGCUCAUACCCAAAUCUCAGCAAGGGCUCAUAUUAGCUCGAACACAAGCCAUCUUCCAUGCAGUCGUCACUUAUUCCUUGCCUUGGGAAGACAUCUCACCGCUCCUGGCUGGCGAGUUAUCACGAGAUGCGCUUGUUAUCCUGGGCAUUGAUACGCUGGUCGAAGAUUCAAACCCGGAGGAUGUCAGUCAGGAUGAUAUGGAGGUAGAUCGACAGUAUUCAGUCUCAUAUGAGGAGUGGAAACAAAGCGACCCCGACACUCGGACCCAGAUAAUGACCGAUGGAGAGCCCGAGUCCGUGACUAUGACUCGCGACCAGCUUUUGGCCUUCUUGAAUGGCCUUCAACAGGUGGGACUUGGCGGUGAUAGGGCCCAGAAAGUGUUUGCCAGUGUAAUGAAUACCAUGCUAACCGAGUUCGUGCGCGCGGCAUAUACUGGUGCGGCCUACAAUGGUCGGUGGGAGAGACCGACGUCAGUUGCCCAGCAUUUGAAACACUGGGUCGAAAAUAUUUUUUCUCGGCUUGCCGUACAAGCUUUGGCUAUUAUUAGCAUGCCUCCCGUCGGUAAACCGAGGGCGGGCGCCCUGGAAGUCAGCUUUGCUGACGUGGAAAAGUGGCAGGAUAUCGCCAUUGCCAGAUUGGGUGCUCUUCGGACUAGUGAGCUUUUCGAUGUAAUUGUGGAAUGGCCAGUUAGCUCUGGUGCCAUUGAGGAUCUACGACACUUUACGACGCAUCCUGCCGCAAGAGCACAUGUCACACAAACAUUCAUUGCCACUCUAAAUCAGCGCCUUUUACAUCCUGGCGCCUCCACAGUCCAGAUUCUGCAACUGUACAUCUCGAUCAUUCGAGCUUUUCACAUGUUGGACCCGAAAGGCGUGCUCCUUGAUCGAAUUGCUCGACCGAUUCGACGAUAUUUGAGGGAACGUGAAGACACAGUGAGAGUCAUUGUCAGCGGUCUACUGGCAGAGCCUUCUGCCACUGCAGCUACCGAGGCAUCGUCACUGUCUUCGGGAGAUACCUUAGCAGAGCUGGCGACGGAGUUGACCAGAGCGCACCAACUCUCCAUGAACCAAACCGAUAGCGAACUUGAUUGGAAUGACAUGAACUGGAUGCCGGACCCAGUUGAUGCCGCGCCAGAUUAUCGAAAGGCCAAAAGCUCAGAUGUCAUUGAUAGUCUUGUUAGCCUAUUCGACUCGAAAGAGACAUUCGUCAAAGAAUUACAAACUCUCUUGGGUGAUCGUCUCUUACAGAAUCGCGAGGAUUACGAUCAAGAAAUAUCGGUCCUUGAACUUCUCAAAGUGCGCUUUGGCGACUCGGCUUUGCAGGCAUGCGAGGUCAUGCUUAGGGAUAUUUCUGACUCGCGGCGUGUCGAUGUCGUCGUACGCAACGACCAAGGAUUCAACAAACCGCCCUCGCGCAUGACUUCAAAGCGCGUCCCAAGACGCGAUAUCCCAGAGCUUCAUACCAAGAUCUUGUCCCGCUUCUUCUGGCCUGAAAUCCAAGACCAGGAAUUCAAGGUACCCGAAGAGAUUCUCUCCCUACAAGAGAAAUAUUCCGAGGGCUUCGAGGCUCUCAAGCAGUCCCGCAAGCUUACAUGGCGUAACGGUCUUGGCCAAGUAACCGUUGAACUGGAGCUGGGUGAUCGUUCAUUCGCGGAUGAAGUCACAACUUGGCAAGCCACAGUCAUCUAUGCCUUCCAAGACGACUCCGACGAACCCGUCACAAGAACUACAACUGAACUUGCCGAGACUUUAGACAUGUCAGCUCCUCUGGUUCGCAGCGCGUGUCUAUUUUGGGUUAGCAAGCGUAUCCUCGCAGAAGUCCACCGCGACAGCUUCCGGGUUCUCGAAUACCUCCCCACAGACGAGGGACACGGUGCCGGAGGUGAGACUGGCUCAAUGGCCGGAGAUGACAGUCCAUCUGGCGACGCAGAAAAUGCAGCUGCAGCUGCAGAAGCUGCCGCCGCUGCCGCCGCCAAGGAAACAGCGGAGGCGGCCGCGAUGGAGAAGAUGAAUCUGUACUGGCAAUUCAUUGUUGGAAUGCUCACCAACCAAGGCUCUAUGCCUCUCCAACGUAUUGUGAUGAUGUUGUCGAUUGUUGUUCCUGGAGGAUUUCCCUUCAGCCAUGAGGAGUUACGUGAGUUCUUGGCCGGGAUGGUGUCCCGUGGAAAGCUGGAGAUUGUUAGUGGUGGGAGUUACAAGCUCGUGCAUUAG